UCCGCUUCCGCCGAAGAGGAGCGAGAGGGAGGGGCCGCCGCCGCCAUCAUGACCCGAUUCCCCCUCAUCGAUAUUGGCAUCAAUCUGACUGACCCGAUGUUCAGAGGAAUUUACAGAGGGAUCCAAAAGCAUCAAGAUGACUUGUUGGAUGUAGUAGAGAGAGCAGUCCAAACUGGCGUUAGAAAGUUUAUGAUUACCAGUGGGAGCCUGCAAGACAGUAAAGAUGCAUUACAAUUGGCCCAGACAAAUGAAACGUUUUACAGCACAGUUGGUUGCCAUCCCACACGCUGCGGAGAAUUUGAAGAGAAUAACCCUGACCUUUAUUUUACUGAAUUGCAAAAUCUUGCUGAAAGAAAUAAAGGGAAAGUUGUGGCUGUGGGAGAGUGUGGCCUGGAUUUUGAUCGAUUACAAUUCUGUCCCAAAGACACGCAACUCAAGUAUUUUGAAAAGCAGUUCGAUCUCUCAGAGCAGACAAAAUUACCAAUGUUUCUUCACUGUCGAAACUCACAUGCUGACUUUUUGGAUAUAAUGAAGAGAAAUAGAGAUAGGUGCGUUGGAGGAGUGGUGCAUUCAUUUGACGGCACAAAGGAAGAAGCAGCCGCAAUAAUUGACAUGAAUCUUUACAUCGGAAUUAACGGGUGUUCACUGAAAACUGAAGCCAACUUAGACGUGUUAAAGUCGAUCCCUAGUGAAAGAUUAAUGAUAGAGACUGAUGGGCCUUGGUGUAGUGUGAAAAACACCCAUGCCGGAUCCAAGUUUGUCAAGACCACUUUUCCUACCAAAAAAAAAUGGGAAAAGGGGCAUUGCAUGAAGGAUAGAAAUGAGUCCUGCCAUAUAAUUCAGGUCCUGGAGAUCAUGUCAGCAGUAAGAGAAGAGGAUCCCCUUGAAUUGGCCAACACGAUGUACAACAACACCAUUAAGCUCUUCUUUCCAGACAUGUAAAGUAGCUGACUUUCACCUUGUACUUUUCAAAAGCUACUAAGAACUUUCCACUCAAGUACUGGGCACUCAAGAUCAACGCUCAUCAUAACCAACACCCACCUUUUCAGCCUAUUGAAUAAGUGCAUAAAAGGCAGAACCUGCCCGUUAGGGUAAAAUAGAUGGGAGUAUGGUUGUAAGAAAAAGCAAAUCUGUCAUGGCUAAAGUUCCAAAAAAAAAAAAAAUAUAUAUAUAUAUAUAUCAAAACUGAGAGCCCAUUGUAACAAUCUGCCCUAAAGGGGUGUCUUUCUGGGGCGUUCACGGCUAGGACAAACAGAGCUCCGAUCGAGAUCCCAAAGCGGCAUAUGGGGAGGUGCUUUUUAGCGCAUGGGACCAUCACGUUUCAUUUCCAUUUUCUUUCCAUUAAAAGAAUAACGAAUCCGAUGGAUACUCAAACUCAUGAUAAGGCCCCUUUGGAUGCUAACGGAGUCUCCUGUCCAAAGACGGCCAAGGCUCCGUCUCGUCCACGCUCAGUUUACCCCUUAAAUACUUGACGGUCACCCCGUCCUUCCGGGAUAUAUCGCCUUGGUAGCCCACGGUUUUCAUGAUUCCUGCUGGGCUCGUCCACUUCACCAGACAUCCUACCACACUAAGAGGUUCUGCCAUCCGAAACCUUGAGCGCUGAUGACCCAGCCCCAGCGGGAAGCCCCCCUCCUGCUAGACUAGAAGCUCCCAGAGGGCAAGAACCACGUCUACGCACUCCUGUACUCUCCCAAGCGCCGCCUGGUACAGUACUCUGCACCCAGUAAGUGCUCAAUACAUACCACUGAGUAAGGGAGCUGUUUUUAAAGAACCAAACGAAAACUUACACCCUGAUUGAGCCAUGGGUUUCUGCAAACCUGGAUGCGGGUAUAUAUAUUUAAUAAAGCGUGAUCUAACUGCUUUCCGUUUCAAAAACGUACCAGGUUUGUACCUUUUUCAAAGCGAACUCUCUUCACCUAUUAGGUUCUUGUUCGUUCUCCUCUUUCCUUUGGGAGCAAGCAGGGGAGAAUACUUCGUUCCUACCAGUGUCACUGCUUUACCUCUUCCCGCUCCCACCCACGUGGAAGAAAAGCCGGGGUCAGUUAUUUAGCUUAUUGAAGUAUGAGUGGCUCUGGCACACCCGCUGCACUGUUCAAACUAUUAAAAAGCUGUCUGUCCAAA